CGAUUCAUCCACUAAAAUAUACGAGGAUCUAAAUCAACGAAUCGAUAAAUAUCGAAAAGAAUUGCAGAAGUUAGUUACUGAGAUUUUCGCAGUGUUAUCAGGAGAAUUCCCUCGUGGUGGAGGAUUAAUUAUACGCUCGUGCCAGUUUCCGUUCGCGGUUUUGAGUAAUGGAUCGACGCAUCUACGACCAUGUGUGGUGAUUCGAACCCCUCAGAAGGUGUAUCUGUUCAACUGUCCUGAGGGAACAACACGUUUCUUACCAUCGUUGAGGCUGAAGUCGUUGAACGUUUGUGAUAUCUUCGUAACGAGAGGGACAUGGGAUCACAUCGGUGGUAUCAGUUCAGUGUUGUUGUCCAAAGAGAAGGGGGCGCAAUCGACCCGAUUGCAUGGUGCGGUCGAUAUAAGGCAUUUUUUGGAAUGCAUACGGCCCUUUGCAGAUUCCGAUUUCGCUGCAGCCAGAUAUCCAACGCAGGUGAUUAAUUCAGAAACGACUGUUGAAGAAAGGUCACUCGAAAUGGGUGGCUAUAAAGAUGCUGCGUUGACGAUUCAUUAUUUGCCGGUUUCGGGUUUACAAGUACCGAGUUUCGACGAAAUUACGUCGGUGAAUUUGAACGAACCCGUAAAACCCAUUCAAGGACCAGACGAUGUGCUCUUUUCGGUGAGUGAUGAAGAAGAUCCGAAUUUGUUGAUCGUGGAAUGCGUUGACAACGAUGCGAUUCAAUCACUCAGAGAUAACUCGCUUCUUCAAAAAUACAUGAACGGUGAAAAAAUGAUGAAUUAUGUGGUGCAUUUCACAUCGAAUGAAUUAUUCGAAUCGAAAGAAUACGAAGCAUGGAUGCAGUCAUUCGGUUCACAGUGUAUGCACAUUGUGCUGAAUGGAUCGGGCCCUUGUUUACCACACGUUGAGAGUAUCUAUCGCAAUCACGCCAUCCUGAAUCGUCUCAAUUCAGAUUUAUUCCCACAGUUGGUUGGCUCUGAUUUCGAUGGCGUUAUCACACAGGAUGAUGAAUGUGAGAGACGACAGGGAAAUCGUAUUUACGCACGUCCGAUACAACGAUUCGCGCUCAGAGGAAAAUGCAAGAGUGUGGAAUGCUCGAUUGAAACACCACGGAUCAGUUUUUUGGGGACAUCUUCGGCUGUUCCAUCGAAAUACCGUAAUGUCAGCGGUUAUUUAGUGCAGUUGAGUGAUUCUUCGUCGAUAAUGGUCGAUUGUGGCGAGGGUUCUUAUGGUCAGAUGCGCGUUCUGUUUGGUGACGAACGUUGUGAUGAGGUGUUGAUAUCGCUGAACGCCAUUUUCGUAACACAUGCUCAUUUGGACCACAUCAAUGGACUUUAUACAGUGAUAUUACGAAGGCAUGAAGCGUUCAUGAAGAAAGGUUUGGACUAUCGUCCAUUAGUAUUGGCGUGCAAUUUCAAUGUUUUGAAUCCAUUUAAAACGUAUUCUCGAUGUUUUUGUAAUUUGGAACCAUUGGUGAUCAUCGCAAACAUUUCAACACGUUCGCCAGUAUCUCGUGACAGAAGCAACAGGUGCGUUUAUUUGUUGUUCUUUUCUGCUUUUUAUGGUGAUGAGGAAUUGUUGUUUGGCAACUCGUAG